UUGCCUCACACGACGUCGUUCUGACGCAGCCACUUUGAAGUUCUAACAUUGUCCUCUCUCUGAAAAACAGAAGCUGAAGAAACAAGGUAGAAGACGAUAUCCGCUCUGCAGCAGUAAAGGAGGUCACAUUCUGAAUGUCUGGAAGAAACCGAAUCCACCGAGACAGUUUUCAUGACCGACGUGGUUUUUCCCCGGAGAGACCCUUUCUCCGGGGUCCUCCAUUGGUACAGCCUCCACCUCCAUCUUUGUUGGAGGAUCUCCAGAUUCAGGAUGUUGAAAUCAGAAGGCUUUUGAGCGAUAAUCACAGACUAGCUGACGACAGAGCGCUUCUGGAACGGGAACUCGGCUCUGCCAAGGAAGAGCUUCACCGUAUGAAUCUGAUGGUUUCCGAUCUUCGUGCUGAACAAGAUCUGCAGCUGAGGGAGUUCAGUGAGAAAAGGCAUAACCUCGAGGCAGAUAUUCGUGCUAUGGAGUCUUAUAAGAAGGAGGCUGCGCAGUUGCGUGGUGAAGUUCAGAAGCUAAGUGACAUAAAACAUGAACUAAGCGGAGAUGUUCAGAUACUUAGAAAAGAUUUGGUUAAGUUGCAAUCAGAUAACAAGCAGAUUCCAGGUUUGAGAGCUGAGGUUAAAGACCUGCAGAAGGAGCUUAUGCACGCUAGAGGUGCAAUUGACUAUGAGAAGAAGGAAAAGUUUGAGCUAAUGGAGCAGCGGCAGACAAUGGAAAAGAACAUGGUUUCUAUGGCGCGUGAAGUUGAAAAGCUACGAGCAGAACUUGCUACUGUUGAUAGUAGGCCGUGGUCUUUUGGUGGAUCCUAUGGGAUCAAUUACAACAAUAUGGAUGGCGCUUACCGUGGUUCUUAUGGCGAAAACGAUGGUUUCUUGGGAACUUCGGAGAGAAGUCAGUAUUACAGCCAUGGGUCUGGCUCGCAGAAGAAACCUCGCGUGGAUCGUCAUUGAAUUUCCAAAUGAUCUGUGGAAAAAGAAUGAGGCAACAAAGCUUGAAAAAGACAGAAUUCGAGUGGUUGGAACCAAAGAAGAAACCAAAGUGGUUGGUUAUUAUAGAAACCAGUUGUUAGAACCGGAGGCAACAUCUUGGACCUCCUCCCUUUCACCAACGUCUUGGUAUCAGGAAAAACUCCGUCGCCGACGUCCUCAACCACACCGUCUCUGGUGACACUGAUCGGGUACGCCACCAAAUGGACACCGAGCAUGUCCACGACCUUGUCGCCGCUGUAAAUCUCCCACAUUCGGUCUCCUAUUGUCCGCAACCCUCGGACGCAUUCAAGACUCUCUGGCUCCGACACGGAUAACUCAUCCGCCGUGAUCUGGCCACCGGUAUGCUCAUACCAGAGCGACAACCGGUAAGCUCGGAUGUCAUUAGUGUUGGUCGUAUCGGUUUGGUAGCAACCGAUUGCAAUCUCGGUGUCGCGACAACCGUCCAUUGAUCUCUGGUUUAUAUUGGCCGAUCCUAUCAGAACGAGGAGUUUAAAACCUAUCAUGAGCUUGGAGUGGACAUAGACCAUGAACCUCCGAUUCCUCUGCGCGUUCCAAUAAUGCGUUUUGGGAUGCGGCGACGAAACCGCUUCAAACUCUCCGUCUCUCUUCUCUUCUCUGUUUGCGAGACAGAAGAAGUUUAGAUAAUCCCUCGGAUGCGAUCCGUCUCCAGUCUCCCAUAUCGCUUCUCCGAUGAUCCGGUACAUCAUCGACAUCGUCUCUCUCGUCCAGUGAAGCAUCUCUUCCACCGUUUCGCUCUCCGGUGGACCUUCCGGCCACAUCGGUAUCACUAUAUACACCGCGAAUCUCUCCCUCUCGCGUAUCUUAGCCGCGAUCUUUAACGCUAUUUCAACCGGUAUCAAGUUUGUGCAUCCGCUGCAGAUUUUAUCGUUCUUGUUCAUCCAAUGAUCGCAGCUUCCCAUGAAAUACUGAUUCUCAAUAUAUAUAAAUCUCUCUGCCUUUCGAAUUGCUGCGACGUAGCCGUCGUGUACACUCUUCUCAACCGGUAAGCCUCUCGGCAUCUCCGUCGCUGAUACGUGUGUAAUCGAUCUCAGAACUUGAACAUUCCAUUUCCGGCCAUCUUCUUCUGUGGUUGUUGGUCCGGUCCGGUUUACUAAGUUUCUGAUCCCUGAAGUGUUAACCAACACCGAAGGGUUACACUGUUUCGUCCAUCUCUGCUCAAAAUUCUUCAGAACGUCCCAUGCUGCAGCUCCGACAACGCACACGUGACAGUCGUGCCAGGGCUCUCUAGGUCCGCCUCUGCUUAGUUUAGCUCCGGCGACGCUUGUCUGAUAAAAAUCACCCCUUGUCCCGAGUGUACGGAACAGAGAAUGCUCCUCCGUGUCGUACCGGCCGUCGCAAAGGUCGAAACCGCCGAGGAAGCUCAUGAUUUCUCGCUCCUUGGUGUUCGUAUUCGUAACACGUGUGUCCACUGUGAUCGUCUUUUGGUGGUGAGCGAACGCCGUAGGGAGCUUCUUGUGCAAUCUUGGACACAAUCUACAAACAACAUUUGUGUCUCUGAAGUAAGCAAGAGCUGUUUGGUCGUUUGUUCGCAUUAGACCUUUGUUCUUUAUCAUCGGUAGAGACGACUCGUCGUUCCACAGCAUUACUCUCACCGCUACGCCUUCCUGUGCUUUCCGUUUCAGAAGCUCGCCGAUCGUUACUCCCACUGCGUGAGGAAUCUCUGUCUCGUCGUCGCGUACGAGAACAAGGUUAGGGUUUAGUGCCCAUCCUGCGAUGUAAACCAAAUGCCUAGCGCUUUCAAUCGCUUUGUAGAUUUCUUCCCAGAGAUUUCUUGCGUUUGAAGAAACAUCAUGAACCGUAGGAUCAAACGCAGCUCUGUGGUGCGCAUCUUGAUACAGUACGACUCUGCAAUUCGAUCUCUGAGGGAAGCUCGCGUUGGUAAUACCUUGAAAAGACUCUCCUUCAAGUGUUUUGCACCAUCCUGGUUCGAGAUAAGCCGGUCUGAACCACAUCAUAAACUUGAGCUUCAAGUUAGGUUUCGUUGAUCCAUUGUCUGCAACCAGAGGGAAGAACCCAUUGAUAACUGCUGGAUCAGAAGUACGAAUCUUUUCUGCAGAGAUCCGGAAUCUUCCGAGAACAGAACAGUGAGUCUUGAGCGUGAUAGUGACCGUCGUGUCGGAAACCGGAUGUGCGCAGAGGAUCUGAAAAGUCUGGUUCCAGACACGGUCGUGUUCUGAGCUUGUUUUAGCAACUUUUUUCUUGUUUAUCUUGAUGGUCACGUAAGCUGAUCUUGGCUUCGUAUAUAUACAAUUAAAAGGAAAUGUUGGAGAAGAAGGUGAUGCAUCGAAGAUUGUAAUCUCCAGAGUUCCAUGGAAGAACUUCGUCUGUUCUUCAAGCUCCAUCUUCUCUUUAAUUUCUUCUUAAGAUAGUGAGAUAAAGAAAAAAAGUUCUGUGAAUUUCAAAUAUGUGUUUGAAGCUGGUCAAUUGCAUUAUGCUGCUCAAGGAUG